AUGACAUCAUAUUUAAGAGAUUAUGUUGUAUGGUAUCAUAAUCAAAAAAGAUUAUCAUUAUCUACAAAAAAUACUUGCUUACCUAUAGCUAAGAAACUUAAUGAAUUGACAUAUGAUUGUAAUUUAGAAAAUACAGCAGUCAAUGCUUCAAUGUCUUGUAAAUUAGAAUUAUAUGAUGAUGACGAAAUUGGUGAAAAUCUUUAUAUGGGAAAUAAUGCAUUAGAUUAUAUUUAUAACGUUAAUGAUGCCUUAGAAAGAUGGUGGACACAACACAUUAAUUUAGAAUCAAUCUAUUUUAAUCAUACUCAUAAUAUUUUAAAUUUUGGACAAAUGGCAUGGGCAGAUAGUUUAAGAGUUGGUUGUGCUGUUAAAACAUGUAACACCAAAACAUUAUUUAUUUGUCACUACCAACCAAGAGGAAAUAUUGUUGGAGAACCUAUUUAUAAUAUAGAAACACAAUGCUCCAAUGGCACAAAUUGUAAAUCAUUUAAUGGAAAUUUCUGUAACAAUAUUACUGGAUAUUGUUAA